AUGUUUUCCAGUCGACGCCAGGCCAGAAUAGCGCUCACCUUGCUCCUGCUGGGCGCCGUCCUGGCGGCGGUCUUCUCAGGGGCCUCCUAUUCUUCCGCGACGCCGUCUUCAUUCUCGCCGUCGCUGCGAAGCCUGCGCAGGUCGCUGCUCUCCGAACGCACCCUCACGGCCGUUCUACCGUCGUGGGCGCAUCUCACGGCCUCCCUGCUGCUCGCUCGCCAGGCGCCCGUCGCCGUGCUGCGUCAGGGCACCGUGGUCGGGAAGAUUCGCGACGAUGCUGAUUUCCCACACCCGCUGGAGGCCUUCUUGGGCAUCCCCUACGCCCUCCCGCUGACGGGGGCGAAGAGGUUUGCCAGGCCGGAGCCUGUGAAGCAGUCGUCGGCGACGAUAGACGCAUCGAAAUAUGGCAAUCGAUGGGAGUACGUGGCUGACAUUGAUAGAUGCAUCGGCGGCUCUCUGGAAGGGCUUGUUCGGGAAUGGGGCGAGGACUGCCUCAGUGUGAACGUAUUCCGUCCCAUGGACACGAAGCCUGGACAGAAUCUCCCCGUCGUGGUUUAUUUCCAUGGAGGCGCCUUUAACCUGGGAGCCGGGAGAUACCACGACACGGCAGCACUGCUGGCCUGGUCGGAGAAGCCCUUCAUUGCUAUCAACUUCAAUUAUCGUCUCGGGGCCUUUGGAUUCCUGUCAUCAGGUAUCAUGGCCAAGGAAAAGCUGCUAAACGCUGGCUUGUACGACCAGCUCUUGCUCCUGAAAUGGGUUCAGGAUAAUAUCAAAGCCUUCGGCGGGGACCCAAAUCAGGUUACUAUCAUGGGACUCUCGGCCGGAGCUCACUCGAUCGGCCAUCAUAUCAUGUAUCUCCAGCAUGAUUCCCGCCCGCUCUUCCACCGAGCGUUGCUAGAGUCUGGUGCAACCACGGCCCGCGCCGUCUACCCGUACAAUGCCCCCCUGCCUGAAGUGCAGUUUUCCGAGUUCGUGGUGGCGGCCGGCUGCUCCAAUGCUCAUGGCGCAGAUAUCAUCUCGUGUCUCCGGAAACAACCCGUCGAGACCGUUGGCCAGGCUUCAAUCGACAUAUUCAACCGCUACAACCCAUCUGACCGGUGGGCAUUCCAACCCGUCAUCGACGGCGACAUCAUCAAGGAAGCUCCCAUACAUGCCUGGGCCUCUAAACAGUGGAACAAGGUUCCGAUCCUGACCGGCUUCAACACCGACGAGGGCUCUCCGUUCGCGCCGUCAGAUCUGGAUAGCUCGGCGGCGUUCACUAAAUUCUUUAAAGAGUUGAUACCUGCCAUGUCUAGUGAGGAUGUCAACACACUUAACAAACUAUACCCGGACCCAAAAACCGUUAAAUCUUCGCCUUACAUCGAUACGCGCCCUAUCAAGGUUGGCUCACAGUAUAAGCGCGCCACGGCAGCGUAUGGGCAGUAUGCCUAUAUAUGCCCAAUCCAGCAAACAGCAUACCUUGCCUCAGUGGCUCAAAAGCCUCCAGUCUUCCUUUAUCACUGGGCGGUAAACAAGACUCUCAAAGGAGGUGCCAGCCACGGCGAUCAGGCCGAGUAUGAGCUGUAUAACCCUGGAGUUCGACGCAUAUCCAAGACACAGGAGCAAAUAUCAGGCUUUCUGCAUGCCUACUUUACCUCCUUCGUCACCACCGGAGACCCCAACGGUAUUAAGGGGAGAUAUGCCAGCAGACCCAAGUGGAUUCCAUUUAACGUCGGCUCGAAAGAUAGUGUCAUGAUCUUGGGGGAAGGUAACGACGAGCGAGCUGGAGGGCAUAAUCUCGGUAUAUCCGCUAAGCUGGGAAAUAUCAGUUACACCAAGGCGGAGUGUGACUUUUGGUGGAAAAGAAGUAUCCUGUCCGAACAAUGA